GGUGAUGAAAACUCGGCAUUAACAUUUAAUAUCCAUACGCAACAUUUAACAACAGUUAGUAGAUUCUUUUUAUCAAUGGAAAUGGUAAACAUUGGAAUGUGUGGACAAAUUAAAAUCCGAUAAGACUUUAUUACAGCGUUGUAGGUAAAGCAGAAAUGACGUUUAAAAAAUCCUUUGUAAUUUUAUAUUUUCUACUAAACAAUAUCAAAGCCCAUGUGAAAGUAAGGGUUGAACAGGGAGUUUUAUUAGGAAAUAAAGAAGCAACUGUCUUUAAUAGAAAAAGUUACUAUUCAUUUUAUGGCGUACCGUAUGCUCAAGCCCCUAUAGGAAAAUUAAGGUUUAAGGAUCCUAAGCCUCCCAAAAUAUGGAAACAACCUCUAGAUGCUACCACAGAGUUCCGUGGUGCGUGUGCUCAAGCUCAUAUUGUGCAUAAACACGGACAAUACGGGUUCGAAAACUGUUUGUAUUUAAAUAUUUACACACCAUAUUUACCGCAAGAAGUAAAGCCAAUAUUAAAAGCAGUGAUCGUUUGGAUUCACGGCUAUGCUUUCACUUCUAGUUUCAGUCAUAUACACGGUGGGGACUUUCUGAUUGAUAAUGAUGUAAUAUUCAUUUCUCUUACACACAGAUUAGGUGCUUUUGGUUUUUUGAAACUAAAUCAAAGUGACUCAAAUUCAAACAUGGGUCUUAAAGACAUCAUUCUGGGCCUCAAGUGGAUCAAAACAAAUAUUCAGAACUUUGGUGGAGACAAAAAUAAAAUAACUGUAAUGGGAAGUGGCUCUGCCAGCACUUUGCUUUCCUUGAUAUUGGUGACCAAAUAUAAAAAUUUAUUCACAAAAAUGAUCUUACAAAGCGGUUCAAUAUUCUCUCCAUCGCUAUUCCAGACAGAAGAAGAAACUGAGAAACAAAGAUUGGAAGAAGAAAUAAAGAAAAUGGGUGUUAAAGAUUUGAAAAACGCUUCUACAAAAUAUAUUAUUCAGGCAUCUCAGAAGAUUUAUAAUAGUAGAGAUAUAACGAAUUUUCAACGACCUAUUAUUCCUUUUGCACCAAUACUCGAAACAAAAUCAUGGAAGUCAUUAUUAUCUUUAGAUAAAUACAAUGCAACUUUAAGAAAUGUGAAUUUUAGUAAAAUACCUAUACUCAUAGGGUUCACAAGUCAAGAAAGCAUAUCUGAAUUGAUUCCUUUUAUUCAAAAUACCCAUUAUUUAAAAAUGUAUCAUUCACUAUUUAAAUUUAUGGUACCUUUUGAAGAUGGUUGUAAAUAUGAAUACUCGUCUGAAAUUUAUAAGAGCAUUUCAAACGAAAUAAAAAAUUGGUACUUUAAGAGUGGACUUAGCGAAAAUUCUAUACACGACUUUUUAAAAUAUGUGUCUGACUUACGUAAAUACCCUAUAUAUAAAUUUAUAAAUACUGUUCUAAGUGUAGGAGGCGAAAUUUAUGUUUACAAAUUUAACUAUGUGGGGCAACUUAACGCGGUCAAAUCAACUUCCUUAGCCGGUUCUAACAUUAGAGUCAAAGGUGCGGCGCAAGGAGAUGAAAUAUGUUACAUUCUUAAAUGUGAUCCUUAUUGGGAAUCUUACGUAAAGUUAAAGGAAAAUAAAUAUCAUAAAGACAGAAUUUUUAUCGAACAAAUUUCGCAAAUGUGGGCAAAUUUUGCCAAAUCUGGUGAACCGACCUCGAUAAAUAAUUAUGGUAAUAUUACCUGGCCUCCGAUGUCUUUAAAAAGAGACAAUGUAUUUGAAUUUGCUAUUAAUAACAGAUUAAUCAACUCUAAAAGUGAAAGAAAAAUGUUUAAAUUUUGGGAAAAAAUCUAUUACAAGUAUUAUGAACUGAAAAAUUGUCAGAAUUUAAUGAAUACCCGUAAGGAUGAAUUGUAAAAAUAUCCCCGUCAUAUUUCAUUAAUUAUGCAUAAUAAUAAUUUUAUAAUUUAAUAUAAAUGUUUUUUCUUUAAUUUUAAUUAGUAUGAUACAAAAAGAAAUGUAUGUUUGUUUUUCCAUAUAUCGCUCCAAAAUGUUUUAACCGCUUGACGUGAAACUUACAUAUAAAAAUAGGUGUCGUAUUUUGCAAUACUGUUACCGAUUUAGUAUUUUAUUAACUUUUUAAAAUACUAAAUCGGUAA